UCUAAAUGAAGACCAACUUUUGUCUGAUGGUCAACAACCAAAGAAACUUAUAAAUUUUAGUGACUGAAAGUAAUCAAUGUACUUUGGUGGAUUUAUUUAUGUACUAUAAAUACGACUUGAGCAAAAUUGUCACUUAUACAAAAAGAUUGUCAAUGGAUGUAAAUGUCAUGCCAGUAGAUGAUUUCAACCCUCCUGAUAUAUGUGGGGAUGAAAGAUGUCGAGAUUAUUUCAUGGAGUUUGUGUAUUGUUUCAUUAUUCCUGGAGGAAUAAUGUUGUUACUGACAAUGAUAAUUACAGUAUCUAUUCUAUGUACUUGCUGUAAAAGGAAAGAAAAGCCAGUGGAAGAGUAUGAAAUGGAAUGUUACAAUACAAUAAGAAGAGCUUCUCAGAGUCUUCGAGAUCUGUCACACAAGAGAGACACAUUGCUAGAACCAAGGAGUGGAUCUCUGAGCUUGCCUAGAAAUGGAUCCAGUAGCAGAUCACGAAGAACAUGUUACUCUGCUCCUAAUACACUACAAAGAGACAGACGUCGACAUCAAAGAGAAGAAACACAUAGUUUGUCACCACCCAGCUACCAAAAUCCACCAGCAUAUUCAUAUGUGUCUGACUUCUCUGGAUCAGGAUCUUAUGAAUUAAACCAGCAAAGUAUACCAACACAUUACAAAUAUGACCUGUAAUUAUAAUAACAAAGUUUUGGAUUCAAGUUAACGAUCUGGGAUUAUUAGAAUGUGAGAAAUCCAUACACUGGCAGCCAAAUGUAACACAGGACCUUCAUAAAUUUGAGUGUUAUCUACCAUUAUGAUUUAAAUAAUGCCAUCAGUUUAGAUCUUUCAUAGUGGCAUACACUAAAGAAUAUUCUGAUUAAGGCUAAUUGUUUCGUCAGUUGUGUAGCAAAAUCCUUUUUGAAGACUUAAACUUUCAUUAAGAUCAGGAAAUAAAAAUCAAUGAUAUUCUCUUUUAGGGCUGUUCCAGAAUUAAACACAUUUGGGGCAUUGGAGGCACUUUUUUUAGACCCAAACCACCCAUAAAAUAAAAUUUUCAUUUUACUUAUAAUUUUUACAAAAUUACAUGGAAAAUGUAACCACCCAGAACUUAUUGAUUUGAUUCCCUCCCAUCCCUCCCACCAUAAUCAAUUUUGGAACAGCCCAAAUUACAUGUCAUUACUAAUUAGGGUCUUCUUUGAAUGAGUCACAAUAUUAAAUUUUUUAGUCAUAUUUAUCAACCAGUACAGUUCCAUAAUUAUAAUUAUCAGCUAGUGUGCUAGAAUUUAAUAUUGUGGCUCUUUAAAAAUAGAAGGUCCCUUAUACAAGACAUGUUUAGUUAAAAAUAGUCAAAACAAAAAUUCACAUUUAAAGAAAUUCUUGUAAUGUUUUCAUGUAUAUUCAUUUUGAAAAAUUACAAUAUAAGUUGUCAAACUGUUUUAUUCAUGUACUUCAAACAAGCACUUCCGUAAUACCAACAAAGUCAUUCUAAAAAUAAUGUUUGGGUUGAUAUUGCCCUAGAGUGAUUUAUGGUAGGACCUUAUCGGAUAAGUUAAGGUUUAAGGUACUUUACCAUGAAGUUUUCAUAGAAUAGAUGUUCCUUUAUUAUUUAAGUUCCAAAUGGAAGAAAUAUUCUAGAAUAUUAUUUGAACUGGAAGAAAUAUUCUAGAAUAUUAUUUGAACUGGAAGAAAUAUUCUAGAAUAUUAUUUGAACUGGAAGAAAUAUUCUAGAAUAUUAUUUGAACUGGAAGAAAUAUUAUAGAAUAUUAUUUGAACUGGAAGAAAUAUUAUAGAAUAUGUUUUUGACAGAAUAAAGGAUAAAGAAUAUGUGUUCCAACAUCUACUUUCCAGUAGCUUACUUUUGCAGUUUAUCUGUUAAUACAUAUAUUUCUAUUUUAUUGGUUUAUUUUGAUCAGAAAAAAUAUUUAUUGUUUUAUGUAGAAUCUUUAUAUUCAAGUUAUUAUAAUACUCCGUCCUUGAUAUAUGUGCCAAAAUAUAUUAAAUGUUGUUCAGCUUCUACAACUACAUUUUAGCUAGUUGUGUUAGUAUGUGCAUUAAACAUAUCAUAUUCAUAAUUCUUCCAUAGAUAUUAUAAAUAUGUAUUUAUGUGUAUAUUUAAUUUGAUUCAAAGUGAAAUUAUAACCCACCAAAUUAUGUUAUUUAUUUUUUUUUCAAAUAGUAGUUUUUUCAUGUACAUAAUUAUUUAUGAUGAAGUUUGCUUUUACAGUUUUGUCCACUUUGUCUUGCCAGUUUGUUAAGAUAUAUUUCAAUUGUACCUGAUUUUGUGUCUAAUAUUUGAAAUUUAUUUAUAGAUAAAUAUGUAUUUUAUAAAAUAAUUGGUCUUUUUUUCAAAGAAAAUGACUUUUUGUGUUUAAAUUUUCAGUGUAUUUAUAAUGAUGUAUUUUACAAGAUAUAGUUUGGGUGGAAAUUAAAACAAUCGAAUAGAGAUUCCUAUAUCAAUGUAUUAUGGAGGAGGUAGUUUAUUGAGAAAACUUAUUGUAGCACAGCUGAUAUAUAUCAAUGUUCAUUUACUUGUAUAAUGUGUUCAUUAUUUUGGCAUUAUAGAUCAGUAGUCUUUAUUAUUGAAAAAACCAUCAAUCAUUUUCAAUUCUCUCUUUAUUGGUUAUUAAUGUUAAUUUAUGUAGAUCAUGCAGUGUUUCAAAGGUAUCAAUUAUUAUGGUGUUACAAGAAAAAGUUAACAUUUAAAAAAAAAAGAUAACGGUACUGGUAUAUAUUUUUUUAUUUAUCAAAAGAAUAAAAAUUUCUUUCGUUAAAAUUAAGAAAGAACUAUGGGAUUGCUGUUUCAGUUACAUGUACCCCAUAUCUCAUUUUAUAAUGAUAUAAACAAUUGUCUACAAACAUUACUCAGAAAACUUGAGAUUAAACUAUAUGAACUCGACCAAAAAUCUCUAGUGAACUACAGAAUUUUGGAAGAGUAAGCAGUUUUGUUCUAUAUUAGAAGCAAAUCAAGGAAUCAACAACCCCUACCAAUAACAUUUACAGUCAUAUCUUACCUCCUUAUUUUUUAUAUAUGUCUAAACAGGUGCUAUUGUAAUGUAGGUUUUGUCAGAUAGAAAGUAACCAUAUGAAAAAUGAUAUAAAGGUAUUUGUACUUUUUAUAGUGUAAUGAUUUUCACAUUAUAAACAGUUGGUUAGGUUUAAAAAGAAUUUAUCAAGAUUCAAUCAGUAUUUUAUUUAUCAAUUAUUCGCUGUAACUCUAUGUAUUGUUUGUAUAUCUGUUUCCCAGAAAUGCAAAGGUGUUUUUUUAAUGUAGAAAGGGAACAAUUGGAUUUUUUUUCCAAAAUGAUCUUUGACUUUAUUAGUUUAUUUCCUAUCUGACAUACCUUUCAUGUUCAAGAAAGUUCCCUAAGGUGCAAUAUAUCUAUAUUUGUGUUUUUACAAUAUUUUUGUACUGAUUGAUAAAAUGUAAUAAAAUGUUAAUAAGUGAG